AAAUAGGACGAGGGAAGAAAGACUGCGGCUAGUACAUAUUUAAUAGAUCACAGUUUACAAGACUAUGGUAAAGGUAGCCUAGAGAUGCAGGUUCAUCAUCAAGGAACCCUUGGACGACGAGGUAAUCAUGUAUCAAGUGUAAUGCCUUUGGAUUCUCCACCACAACGAACAACGGCCAGUGGGACUCUCUCGGUUUCGAAAUCGAGUUACAUCGGGAAUCCCAGUCCAGCCCCACCCAACGAUGUAAAUUUCUACAGUGUGGAGAUGGACAGUGGCCGUUAUACGGGCUAUGAAACAAACAGUCCGAUUCCAGUAUUGAAUGAGCCAGGACCAGGCUCUUAUUAUCCGUCCCUUGGUAGUGGAAUCCAUCAUACUGGUAUAUUGCAUCCAAGUUCGGGCACGGGGACUUUAACAAGAAAUAGAACUUUACCGCGUCCUGUACCUCCACCAGACGUCACUGUUAUGACUGCCGGAACGAAGUCACCAAUUCCUCCCUCAGUACCUCCACCACCAAUCACAUUCGCACGUACGGGACCUAUACCUGUACAUUCGCAUGGACAUCCAUUAUCAACAUUCACAUCAACACCCAAUUAUUCUGAUAUUGAUGGCCAUCUUGUCUGAGAUUCAUCAAUUGUCUCAGAUGUCAGGUUGGGUAUUCAUCUAGUGCCCUCACCGACACUGAGACUAGAUGCUCGAUUGCAUUCAGAACGGGUCACACGACUGUAAAUUUAGCCCUAAGGAAUUUUUUAAACCAUUCAAUACAUCAUCACUAAGAUCUCCCCAAAUCUCCCCUAAGUGUAAAUAAAGAUAAGCCUCGAAAAAUUGCUGAUACAAUGCGGCUCAACUGAAUCUCGUUUUGUUAAAACUUUUUGAAAGUUGAAAUAAUGAUCUACAAAUGCAGUAAUGCCAAGUGCUCACUUUUAUUUUUCUAUAGCUGAGUGACAUUUAAACAGCACCGACAUCAUUAUAAGACAAUUCUAUAAUGCAACAUCAAUACAAGUCACUCUUAUAAUUUUAUCUGGAUAAUUGCUUUUUAAUAAUAAUGAUAUUUUAUAUAUUUUGCUCUCUAAGAUAGACGUGAUGAUAUUUUAUACCUUCGUUAAAUUUAAAUUAUUCACCAAGCUCUGUUUCACACUUAUUUAUGACUUGGUGUGAUGUUUAUGAUCAGUUAUUUGUUUAAUACCAACUAUCACUGAUAAAUAUAAAUGAAACAAUAAACUAGAUAUGUAAUUAUAUUAGCAGGAUUUUAAUAGGAAAAUUCGUUUAGAUUAUAUAUUUUCAACAUACUGCCCUAGUUGAAAUAAAUCUCAACAGUGAUCCAGUUAGUAUCUAACAUGAUUUUUCAAAAAAAAAAACUUACAAUUAUAAGUUAAAUUAUGACCGAUAAAUUUUUUUUGUGAUCAUAAUUCAUCGUAUCGUGUAAAAAAAUAAAUAUUGCACUGACAAAUUUGCUGAUAGCACAUGGUAAAUUGUGCUAGGCAACAGCUGGACUUAUUGUAACGACUGUUGAAAAAAUUUCCACUAGGGUACCUGCACAGUGAUAUUCUAAUUAAUAAAUAUGUUAAUUGAAAAGACACUAAUUUAUAAGUAACUAGUAUUAGCAUUGAUUUUUGACUAAAAAUUUUUGUUACAUGUAAAAGUGAGCAACAUUGGCUAUAGUUGUUUAUAUAAUAAAUAUUUUUACAUUUAUUUCUAUUUAAUUAAUUGAAUUAUUCGUGUAAAUAAUUAUUGAAUGAAGUAAAGAAAGAGGUGUCUAUAAUAUAUCUCAAUAAAAUAAUGAAAUAAAAAAUAAAUACUUUAAAGAAAAAAAAAACAAUGGAUCAUAUGAGGGUCUCACAAAUAAAUACAUAUAGACUACUAUAAAAUAAAUGAGAAGGAAAACUAAAAUGGAUCACGAAUAUUUGCUAUAGAGCGUCUAAAUAUUAUUGCGUGUACAUUCAAAAUUUAUUCGCGUUAUAUUAACAAUACGUGUUUUUGUUUAAACAAAAAAAAAAAGCCUAGGUAGUUGACGCAUAUAUUUUUGAAAAAAUAAAAAAACGAAUAAUGAAUAAAAAAAUUAUGCAAAAAAUAUCGGAAAUGACUUCUAUUAAUCAUUAAAAGUUACUACAGCAUGAAACACACUUUAAUUUAUUUAUA